AUGGGACUUUCUCUGUCUUCGCUGUUCAACCGUCUCUUUGGUAAAAGGAAUAUGAGGAUAUUGAUGGUGGGUCUAGAUGCUGCUGGCAAAACAACAAUAUUGUACAAACUGAAGCUGGGAGAGAUAGUCACCACUAUACCAACAAUAGGUUUUAAUGUGGAGUCUGUGGAAUACAAGAACAUCAGUUUUACUGUGUGGGAUGUUGGUGGCCAGGACAAGAUCAGACCAUUGUGGAGGCAUUACUUCCAAAACACUCAGGGCCUCAUCUUUGUUGUGGACAGCAAUGAUAGGGAGCGAAUUAACGAGGCCAGAGAUGAACUCCAGAAAAUGCUUCAAGAAGACGAGCUCAGGGAUGCCCUUGUCCUAGUGUUUGCCAACAAACAGGAUCUACCCAAUGCCAUGUCCUGUGCAGAUAUCACAACAGCACUAGGACUUCAGAACAUGAGAAACAGAAAGUGGUACAUCCAAGGAGCAACAGCCACCCAAGGCACAGGUCUCUACGAAGGGCUGGACUGGCUGUCGUCUGAGCUCAGCAAGUGA